GUCAAAAGUAACAAUAACUAGAAUUACAGCUUAGAAAACAUAAAUGCAGCUCUAAGACUUGCCGAGAUUCUACGCAGUUCAUAAACUGUUCCUCUCCCAUCCGGAAGACGAGGAAACUGGGCUUUGAUGAGUUUAACGGCCUAUGGCCGCAGUCAGCAGCGGAGCCCAGGGAUGCUCCUUAGCCACUCUAGAUGCCGACGCAGCAGCGGCAACCCCCCACGUUCCGCCCACUCUCAACAGCCAUCAAAGCGCAGCUCGGACUGCAGGGCGGUUUGGCGUCCAGGGUCACUCUCUGGCUCAUCUCUCGAACGCCGCCUCCGACACCCGCCCAGCACGACCCAGCCUGGGGUGUCUCUCUGCAAGGGAGAGGUCAAGUGGGGGACCCUCGCUCUCAUGUAAAUGCAACUUGGGGCGAUGCAGGAUAGUGUCCAGCAUUCAGGAAAGGGGGCCUUGGUGAAAAGCGCGGCCAGCCAGGAAAAUCAAGUCUCUAGGCCUUUUCAGAGCCAAAAUACAGCCAAGCGGGAAGGCGGACAGGCGCCCAGGACCCCUGGGGCAAGGAGCUGCCCCUGCCCUCCUCCUGGGGAAAGCAGUAGCCAACCGCUCCCGUGCCUCCUAGCCCAAGGAGUUCGCCCGGGCCACCCCUAAGCCCAACAGCAGCCCCCAGGGCUCCUCACAGGUCAUAAGCCCCUCUGAGCCGCGACAGUCCUCGCAUCCAGGUCGGGGCAGGGAGCGGGGGCGACUGUCCCCAACACGGCGGCCAGAAAGCCCAAAAUGCGGAGCCUGCCCAAGAUGGCGGCCACGACUAUCCCGCGACAAGGCGGCCCCGGGCUCGCACCAACACGGAGACCUCGCCUCUGCCACUCCCGAGAGGGCGCCACCGCUUCCGACGACCAUCCCCGGGGUGGAGAUGGCGGCCGCACACCCGUCGACACCGCCCGCUUCCAGAUCACUUAAAAUGGCGGCGGCUGCGGGAUGGCACGGGGCGGGGCAGCGCCGGGGAAGGCGGGGCGGCGCGGGGCAUGCCGGGCCACGCGCGGGCUGCCGGGAACGGGGCGGAGCGCGGCCGCGCCGGCGCGUCGAGGGGAGAGGCAGCCGCCGCGAUGGACGUGUUCCUCAUGAUCCGGCGCCACAAGACCACCAUCUUCACGGACGCCAAGGAGUCCAGCACGGUGUUCGAGCUGAAGCGCAUCGUCGAGGGCAUCCUCAAGCGGCCUCCUGACGAGCAGCGGCUGUACAAGGAUGACCAACUCUUGGAUGAUGGCAAGACCCUGGGCGAGUGUGGUUUCACCAGUCAAACAGCACGGCCACAGGCCCCAGCCACAGUGGGGCUGGCCUUCCGGGCAGAUGACACCUUUGAGGCCCUGUGCAUUGAGCCGUUCUCCAGCCCACCUGAGCUGCCCGAUGUGAUGAAGCCCCAGGACUCGGGAAGCAGUGCCAAUGAACAAGCCGUGCAGUGAGGACCCCCAAGAGGCCCAUUCCCCCCAAUAAAAGAGAUUUGGGAGUCUUC